GGUGCAUCAUUGGCACUGUGCGCUGUCUACGAGUCACAAGAGGAAGAACGUAACCUAGAGGGUGAACUGGGAGGUGGUGUCCAUCUUAUUUACACCGGUGAGCUUGUUAAAUUUUUGAUCUGUCGGAUUUUCCAAGAGCACGAAAGUUGAAAGCCGGUCUUUAGAGAUGAGCAGUUCAGAGGAAGUGUCAUGGAUCUCCUGGUUCUGUGGACUGAGAGGGAAUGAGUUUUUUUGUGAGGUGGACGAGGACUACAUCCAAGACAAGUUCAACCUGACAGGACUCAAUGAGCAGGUUCCCCACUACCGCCAGGCCCUAGACAUGAUCCUGGACCUUGAACCAGACGAGGAGCUGGAGGACAAUCCCAACCAGAGUGACCUGAUCGAGCAGGCAGCCGAGAUGCUGUACGGCCUCAUCCACGCACGCUACAUCCUCACUAACCGAGGCAUCGCACAGAUGUUGGAGAAGUACCAACAGGGAGAUUUUGGCUACUGUCCCCGGGUCUAUUGUGAAAAUCAGCCAAUGCUUCCCAUUGGCCUGUCGGACAUCCCAGGAGAGGCCAUGGUGAAGCUGUACUGUCCUAAAUGUAUGGAUGUUUACACGCCCAAGUCCUCCAGGCAUCACCACACAGAUGGAGCCUAUUUCGGCACUGGCUUCCCCCACAUGCUCUUCAUGGUUCACCCUGAGUACAGGCCAAAGAGGCCCGCCAACCAGUUUGUCCCAAGGCUGUACGGGUUCAAGAUCCACCCCAUGGCCUACCAGCUGCAGCUGCAAGCAGCCUCCAGCUUCAAGAGCCCCGUCAAGGCCAUCCGCUAGAGCGUCCGGGCCGGAGGAGGAGCGGGAAGAUUCAUAGAGAGAGGAGACGAGAAGAAUUAUCAUCAGAAGGGGGAGGGGUCACCUGCACGUAACUAAAGCUUUUCAGGUGCCCCCUCCCCACCCAGAAGACUGUUUUAUUUUGGUUUAGGUUAGGGCAAAUGAAAGUGUAAAGAUUUUCAGAGUGUGAACGACACAUAAAAACGCACAGCCACGAUCGUAAUCGCGCACACACACACACACACACACACACAUGUUCUCAUACAUUAAAAUAAAUAAAUAAAUAAAAGCAUCCACAUACUUGGGAUCCCAUGUACGUACCUUACCAAACUCAUCAGAGCCAAAAACAGGAGGUGAAGUAAGAGGAAGCUGAAUAAUACAGGAGCUCCACACUGCUGCUGCUGCUCCAUCUUCUUCUUCUUCUGCUCACUCACUUUACGAGCCCACUGAUGAGAAAAUUAUGUAACUGGUGGGUGACGCUAAAGGGAACUUGUCGCCGUCGGAACGGCUUUGUGUCGAGGGAUGUCAGACAGAAAGUGCAACAGCAGGGUCAGUUGUCACCUCUGGCUCUGUGAUUGUUCUGUAUUUGGCACAGUUUGGUUAAAGAGUGGUGGUAAACCCCUCGGUCAUUGGAAGCCUCCACACCCCAACGCAUGUACACUCAGGCUGGCGUUCGCAGAGACAGUUCGGACGAUGGCGACAGGUGUGUUUUUCUUUGUUUUGUUUUGUUUUCCCCCGUCAUUUCAUUGUUCUUACAUUGACUCACUGGUUUGUCUGCUGUUCUGUGGUGUCGCAGCACAAAACGUUCUGUUGAAUUUGCCUUAAAGUUCAGACAAAACGCCCGAAUCGUUGACACAAGUAUUAGUUAAAUAUUUUUUAAAACUGUGCUGUUUUAGAGGAGGUAAAGUAGACAUGAAUUAAACUAGUGUGAAUUUCUGAGUCAUUCUGAACAUUGUAAUCAGCCUGUGUCAUCUGUCCAGCUGUCUGUAUUGGUACCUUAGUGAACAUAUAACCUGCGAGACUCGUGCCAUCCCCCCUCCGUCGCUGCAGUUUGUGUUGUCACCGUCAUUCCCUCAGAGAAACAGUUUGACAUUUUGGGAUGCAUGGAGUAUUUCCUUUCUGGCUGAGAGAAAAGAGAUGGCGUCAGUCUCCUCGUCUGACUGCGCCUGAGAACAAACAUUUCCCUGAAUGUCAAACUAGUCCUCUAAAGAUCAAGGAUGGAGACUACAGAGAAAGAGGAAUUUAGACAAUCUGAAUCCUUCAGCUCACUCCGCCACUGCACUGAUCCUACUGUUGUCUCCACAGCACAGUCUCAUUAUUUAUAUUCAGGUUUAGAGACCAUCAGACCAGCUGCUUUAGUUUUGUUUCCCAUUUAUUUCUGAAACGGCGAGGCAGACGCUCGGCUGCCCUCCCUUCACCCUCCACUUUACUUUUUGUGUGACUGGAACAGAUUGUUUGUUUUGGAUUUCAUGAUACAAGAGGAGCGGUAUUUAUGUGUCCAGAUUUUAACUGAUGUUUAUCUGUGUUGUUGUCUCUCUGCUACUGCGGAAAGGGUGAGCAGGAUUCAGAAUUCUCAAUAAACUUCUAUUUUCUUUUCAUA